CCUCUUCAGGUAGGUGCUGGAUUAAACAGGUCUGCUAAUGCAGGGACACUAAGGAACCCUGAGCUCUGUUGGGAUUGGAGUUGCCAAGGCCUUUAUCAAGAGCCACCCCUAGUGACACAACCAGUGCCAGGACUUACUUUGACUUUGACUCUUCUCCAAGGGCUUUGCAGAGCACCUUUAAGCAGGAAGGGAGCAAAGAUGGAAGCUCUUAGGAUUCCAGUGCUCAUGCCUUGCUCCUUUGAAAGCCACUACCUCAGUUUGGAGCACCCUGGAGCUUCCAAGCCUCCGCUAAGCUCCUCCAAUAUGACAUCACGGAUUUUGCUACGACAGCAGCUCAUGCGUGAGCAAAUGCAGGAACAAGAACGCCGAGAGCAGCGACAGAAGCAGCAGGCAGCUCAGUUCAUGCAGCAGAGAGGGGCUGUGAGUCAGACACCUGCCAUCAACGUCAGCCUCCCCGCCAGCCUUCCUCCUGCGACUCAGGUGCCAAUGGAAGUCCUGAAGGUAGGCGACUGGGUGGGCUCAGUUUUGAGAAGGCGGUGGAAGUUUGUUUCCAUUAGUGCAAAGCUUUUCAAAAUUGUUUCAUGCAGUAAUGACGGAGUUAAAAAAAAUCUUAUCACUUUUGCUCUCCCUGUGCAUCUGUGUUGCAACUUUCCCAAGGAAAAGUUCAUUUGACUAGGCAAAGGAUGGAGCUGUGUGUUUUUUGUAAGUGAAUUUUGCCCCUCCAGAAAUAUCCCUUGCUUCCCCAUUUGCCCAAUGGAUGUGAAACACGCGCACCAUCUUGAAAACUGGUCUCUUAUUUUAGACAAUUAAAACAAUCAUCAAAAUAGUUUACAAAUUCUUUAACUUUGGUGGAAUCAUCUUUUUUUUGUUACUGUAUAAGUAUGUGUGCAUUUAUGUAUAUAUACAUGUACACACAUGUAUGUGUGUGCAUAUACCCACCAAUAGCUUUUUUCAAAAACUAAUAGAGUUCCCGCACAAAGGAUUGUUUGAGAAAUAUUUAAUCUUUAAUAUAGUCCUUUGCUGUAAACCAUUAGUAAUCCUGUUUU